UUUAUUUUACAAAACACCAAAAAUGGCUGCGCCCAGUUAUGACCGUAGUUAUGACAAAUUUCUCAGGCAAAAACAUAUAAAAUUCUUCCAGAGAUGUCUACAGGUUUUGCCUGGGCGAUAUUCUUCUUUAGAUACUAGCAGGAUGACAAUAGCAUUUUUUGCAAUAUCUGGACUAGAUAUGCUCAAUGCAUUAGAUGUACUGGAGAAGGAGAAGAAUGAUAUUAUAGACUGGAUAUAUUCAUUACAAGUCCUACCUAAUAAUGAUGAAUCCAACAUUAAUCACUGUGGUUUUAGAGGCUGUUCAAGUAUGGGAAAUCCCUAUGAUUCUAAAAAGAAUAAAGAGAAAGGAAUUCCGUAUGAUGGUGCUCAUAUAGCUAUGACAUAUACAGCUCUAGCAUCAUUAUUGAUACUUGGUGAUGAUUUAUCAAAGGUCAACAGAGAGGUCAUACUGCUGGCACUGCGGAAUUUACAGCAAAAAGAUGGAAGGUUUGUUCCUUUAACCAUUUCAAGACUAUAUACACAAUUUCGUCCAGUGUGUGAACCUUCAGAAGAUGACAUGCGUUUUGUUUACUUGCGCCUCAU